GCUAUCUCGAAUUUGGUGGCCUUUACUUGCUGGUCGUCUGUUCUACUUCCAUCUCCGUCGAGGUUACGGGAUGGACGUUGACAUGGGUGAAGAAGCUGAAGGAACGUCGAGGAAGAUCCAGGUGCGGUUCGUUACUAAGUUAAAACCGCCUCUCAAGGUCUCAAGCAGUGUCAUUUCCAUCCCCGCCAACCUGACUAGAUUUGGUCUCUCCUCCGUCAUCAAUAGUCUUCUUGAAGCCGCUGGUGAUCCUGAUUAUAAACCGGAACCUUUUGACAUUUUGAUCGAUGGCGAGUUGGUUCGGAUGUCACUCGAGGAGUUUUUGGUCGUCAAGGGAAUUUCAGUGGAAAAGAUAUUGGAAAUUGAAUACACAAAAGUAGUGGCCCCACGUAAGGAGGAAGACCCUUCUUUACAUGAUGACUGGGUUAGCGCAAUUGAUGGUUCUUCUUCUCGGUUCUUUUUGACGGGAUGUUAUGAUGGUUUAGGGAGGGUAUGGGAAGGUGCUGGAUUAUGUACACAUAUAUUGGAGGGGCACACUGAUGCAAUCACUUCUGUUAGCAUCAUCAAUCACAAAGGUGCAGGAACUUGUACCUUAGCAACUGCUUCAAAUGAUCGAACAGUAAGGCUAUGGAAGCUCAAUCUAGAUAAGGCCAUUGAGCAUCCUAGGAAGAUUAGUGCCUUCAAAAUCUUGAGUGGUCAUAAAGAUACUGUGAAGAGUGUUGCCGCACAAACUUCUGGAGAAAUGAUUUGUUCUGGUUCUUGGGAUUCUACCAUCAAGCUGUGGCAAACUGACUUUGACGCAGAAGGUGAUGUGUCUAUUAAGAAGAGGAAAGUGAAAGAUCAAGUUGAGGAGUCACAGUUAGAGGGGGAGUCUGUAUCUACCCUUGUAGGCCACACACAGCAUGUUUCUUCUGUGGUUUGGCCACAGCGAGACAUAAUCUAUUCUGCAUCCUGGGAUCAUUCCGCCAGGAAAUGGGACGUUGAGACUGGGAAAGACUCGUUCAAUAUAUUCUGCGGCAAGGCUCUCAAUUGUCUUGAUGUUGGUGGAGAAGGAUCUGCUAUGAUAGCUGCUGGUGGUUCUGAUCCUGUUCUUAGGAUUUGGGAUCCUCGUAAGCCAGGCACUUCUGCUCCAGUUUUUCAGUUUGCUUCUCAUACUUCUUGGAUUUCAGCCUGCAAAUGGCAUGAUAGUUCUUGGUUUCAUUUACUUUCUGCAUCUUAUGAUGGAAAAGUUAUGUUAUGGGAUUUGAGAACCGCGUGGCCACUUUCUAUCAUUGAAUCACAUAGUGACAAGGUGCUAUGUGCUGAUUGGUGGAGAAGUGACAGUGUUAUCAGCGGCGGAGCAGACUCAAAAGUCUGCAUUUCUUCUGAAAUUUCAGUACAAUGAUCCAAUGCUUUUGGGUACUUGAUCAUGAAGAAGUCUAAAUUUUGAUCUAUGAAUUUAGGGACUGGCAAGAUAGGCAUACAAUUAAAACGAUCCUGUGUUUGUAUAGUUCAUAUUUAUGUGAGGAUUUGAACUUGGGCUGUACAAGGAACAGGAGGACGCAAUGAUUCUUCCGAGCCACGAGUGUUGUAUUGAGCCUUUGGAUCAAAGGAUGUAAGAAUAUAUUAUUUUUUUUAAUGAAAACAUGAUAAUUGUGAUCUUGCAC